AGCAUAACAGACGCUUGCCUCGUAGAAUUUUGUUUGUGCUUCACUUCAAUGAGCGUUUUGUAAACUGGCGAUGCAAAGUUUGCCAGCAUGUCAACAAAGUUAGAAAUAAAUUUCACUCGUCUUUUGAACAGAUGUGAGACAAUUGCAAGUCAAAGAGACACGUGGGACUGGCGACUGGAAAAGUAUGUGGAAGCACUUCAAGACCAGCUGGGAGAAAUGAAAAGAUUGUCCAGGCAGCCUAGCCAGCCAAGCCAGGACAUCAUGUUGGAAUACACAAGAAGGGUUGACUUCCUUAAGGGACUGUUGGCCGCAGAACAGAAGGAGAACAUAUCAGAGAAGGCGUAUGCGACUGAAAGACUGGCCCCUGUUUCAAAUGUUCAUAAGGGGUCAGGGAUAGCUCCUAAGGAGGUCCAUCUAUCAGCGAUGACAAGAUUGCAAAAGGAUAUGCGCACUGAGCUACUAGGGGAAGACAAGCCUGGUGAUGGCUUGCGGCAGAGAAAACAUACUGAUGAAAGUGAUAUAGACGCAGUGCUGAAACAUCACCGUAAAGUGCAUGAAAAGCUGACAGAAGAGUUGUUACAUCACACUCUGAACCUCAAAGAGUUUGCAUACUCUGCCAGCAGUAUUGUCAAGAAAGACAUAAAGACCCUGGAGGACACCAACAAGGUAGCUGACAGGAACCAGGGUGACCUCCAGCGAGAGUCCCAGCGUUUAGAGAGCAAGACCCGUGGCUGCAGCUGGUGGAUCUGGAUCAUGCUGGCCCUGGUCACCCUAACCUUCCUCUGGAUGAUCAUACUCAUGAGAAUGUUCCCUGCCAGGUCCUGAGUGGACAAUUGUGAGACUUUUAUGCUUGUGCUCAUGACAAUGUUCCAUGCAAUGUCUUUUAUGGGUGAUUGGUUGACAAUUAUGAUGAUGAUCAUAAGCAUUUUGCUGGCCCAGUCCCGAGGCGAAGAUUUUGUGAUAAAUAUUUGUUCAUGACAAUGUUUCCAGCCAGGUCCUGAGAUGCGGUUAUGUGACAGUUAUAAUGAUGCUCAUCAGCACGUUUCUUGCCAGGUCUUGAGUCAUAUGAAAACCUGAUUUAGUGUUACAAAACGUGUAUAUAUAUAUAUAUAUAUCAAAUACUUGUGAAAAUGUUCCAAGCAAGAGAAAAUUCUUUGCCAGGUCAUGAGUAAAGUGAAAAUAUCAUGAUUAUGCUGUUGAGAAUGAUUAGAGAGUUCUCAUGGCAGAUCUUAAGGAUUGAUGGCUUGAUAUUUUUUGUCAAAUUGCAAUCUAAUUUAGUGAGAUUUUUUUUCAUUGUUGUGAGAUUCUUCUGUUUGGUCUCGAGGAUCAAUGGUUUAACAUAAGUGACAGAUAAUGAUAUCAAUCUUUAAGAUGAUAUUCCAAUUCUCAUCUUAAUGUUUGGUAAUUAGGUAACCGAGUUUUGUGAUGAUUCUCUUCAGAAUGUGUUUAGGUUACCCAUGUACUUGUUGGCUUCCAGGCCUUGUGUAGCUGAAUUUUUAGCUUUUAUACAGUUAUAUACCUAGUGGCAAAAAUUAUUUUUUUCCCAAAUUAAGUUUCAAAGUUCCCAUGUUGUAAAUUACAACUGGAGCAACAAUGCUUUUUCCCAAUUUAAAGGGAAUUGACACUAAAAUUCCUGAUUUUAGGGGUAAAGGUUAUAUUUCCAAAAUGGUCAAAAAAGCCCUGUUGUUCCUGAAAAAUCCCCCACUUUGUCUCAAGGCAUGAGCAUCACACGCCUACUUGAAAUUGCCACACAAUUGUGAUCAGAAGAGCCUGAUUGUGAUAUUAUUGAGCCUCAUCAUGUGAAAAUUGGUAUGAUGCAAUUUGUGGCCAGCUUGCACAAUUUUGCAGACUUAUAUGCCCUUGAUAAAUGUUUGAUACCUUAGUAAUAGAUGUGUUUUUUAUACUAUGUACAAGUGCAGUAUUUGCAGAUUUAUGUGUUCUUGGAGUUUGAUACUGUACACAAUUGUGUAUGUGCACUUUGCGUUCUGAACCAGUCUCUAAGUACUCUAUGUCAUAAUGCAAAUAUUUUACAAACAAGCUUUAAACAAUUGUAAUAAAUGUUAUACAAAUUGGGUCUCAAAUGACAAGCAAAUGUUAAAUAAUUUUGGAUUUUGUUAUGUAUUUGAAAAUCCAAAGGUUGUGCAAGUUCAUGGAUUUAUUAGCGAGUUUCAAUGUAGACUUGUUGACAACUUUAAACAAGAAUGGUAUGGAAAUAUGAAUACUAAAUCUGUAUUAGAUAUGUACCUAUACAGUUUUCAAAACCUCUUUGGAAUAUAAAGAAUAUUUAGAUUUACUUCUUAGAGGACUGCCCUUAUUUUUUAUGCCCCCGGAUCGAUAGAUCAGGGGUAUAUUGUUUUUGGCCUGUCUGUCUGUCAUUCUGUCCCAAAACUUUAAGGUUACAGUAAAGUUUUGCAAUAACUUUUGAAAUAUUGAACAUAGCAACUUGAUAUUUGGCAUGCAUGUGUAUCUUAUGGAGCUGCACGUUUUGAGUGGUGAAAGGUCAAGGUCAUCCUUCAAGGUUAAAGGUCAAAAUUUAAAACUUUAAUAUAGUAAAGUUUUGCAAUAACUUUUGAAAUAUUGAACAUAGCAACUUGAUACUUGGCAUGCAUGUGUAUCUCAUGGAGUUGCACAUUUUGAGUGGUGAAAGGUCAAGGUCAUCCUUCAAGGUCAAAGGUAAAAAAAAGCGGUGCAUUAGGGGGCAUUAUGUUUCUGACAAACACAUAUCUUGUUGUAAGAUAAAAAGUCUCUGCACACACAAAACCAAUUCACAAAAUGAACGUAAUUGUCUAUGUUGUAAUGAUUUUGAUUUAGAAGAUGAAUACCAUUUUAUAUGUAUAUGUCACACUGAGUUAAGAAAAAGCUAUAUAAGCUGUACAUUUUAUAUAAACCCAUCUAUAUAUAAAUUCCACAAGACUUGUCAAGUAACUUGUUUGGAGUAGUUUCUUGUGACAAAUCCAUAAUUUAAUAUGUUUGUAAAAGAAGCUUUUGUUAAAAGAAAUACAAUUCUUGAUAAUACUGUUCAAUAAGCUUCAGUACUGCUUUGAUAGAACCUAUGUGUUCUUACCAUCGAUUGUAUGUAUUUGUAUUUUUCAUGACUUUUAUUUGUUAUUUAAUGUUAUGUUGUUAUGUUUAGUUACAUGACAGAGAAUAAUGUGUGUAUUUAAGCAUGAAAAUGAUGUACAUUUGUAUUAGUCUGAAUAAACCUGUCUGUCUGACUGUCUAAGUUUACUGUGUAUCAACAUGAAAUUGUAUAGAUGUCUUGUUUUUCACAUAUAGAAGUGCACAACAUUAUUGUCGUGUAUAUUGCAAUAUUUUUGCUCAGUCAAUGAAUCAUGUGCCAGUGAAAUUAGGGAAAUUUCAGAUAAAUCAUUAUUCAUGUGUACAUUGUGUCACAAACUAGUCUCUUGGUUUUCUGUUUUCAUUUAAAUUAAUAAAUUAAUAGAUAUUUUGUUUAUAUCAUGCAGGCAUGAAAGAGGAAUAUUUGUGGAUGUUGUUAUAUUCCUUGCAGAGUGAUUUUCCCCAGAACUUAGGCAAACUUUUUACAUAAUUGUUUUUUUCAAACUCAGUACUAUUGUUUCAUUUACACAGAAGCUAAGGCUGGAUGCCAACUCCUUGUUACAUUGGUCUAUGCAUCAUACUUUGAUUGUGUGACACUGUGUGUCGUUAUUAUGUUAUUGUCCCCUACCGGUUUCACCGGAGGGGACUUAUGGUUUCAGAGGUGUCAAUUUUCAGGAUUAUUCCUGAAUUCAGGAUUUAAGCCCUCAAGGAAAAUUUUUGAUAUUGAUAUAAAACAGAGGAUUGUUUUGGUUAUUUUAAGCAUUCUUGUCACAAAAUGUCAUCUUCAACACAAAUUAUUGACCUUUGGCAUAUUGUUUACAAAGGAAACAUAAUUUAAUGAAUAAUUAAAACUCUUUUGACUCCGUCCCCCAAAUUCUAGGAUGAUUUUCAGGAUUUAAGAUUUAGGCCAAUUGACACCCCUGUGGUUUGCACUCCGUCUGUCUGUCAGUCAGUCUGUCUGUCACACUUUUCUGGAUCCUCCGAUAACUUUAAAAGUUCUUAAUAUUUUUUUAUGAAACUUGCAACAUGGAUAGAUGGCAAUAUUGACAUUAUGCUCGUCAUUUCAUUUUGCUCCUACGUCAAACAUUGUGGUUGCUAUGUCAAUCAAAAAAAAAAAAUUUUAAUCUAAAAAGGACGAAUUUCUGACAAUAGUGGAGCCGGUAGGGGACCAUAUUGCUUGACAAUAGCCUUGUUAAAUUUGUAUUUGUGGCAAAUGUUAGAACAAUCGGAAUGGAGCUUUUUGAAUCAUGCAUUUUUUUUACAAAUUUACCUGUUAUUCUGCUGACUAAAUGUGUAACAGUUUCCUUAUGCUUGUAAGGGAGACAGCUUCAAAAUUAUAAUUGAAAUUGUGAAAGAGUUCCCUCCCCUGCUUUUUUUUCUUUUCGUAUACUAGUAUUUGGUCAUUUCGAUUAGAGUUGAGCUCUUAAAAGAUGAACCAAAAUAAUUAUUUAUUUAUAAUAAUAAUAAAAAAGUAAAUAAUAAUAAUUAUACACAAUCACAAUAUUGUUGGUAUGUAUGUAGAGGUCAACGAUAGACGAUGCUUGCAAAUAUUCAAUAAUCUCCUCAGGUCAAUAUGGACCUCUUCUGGUGAUGGUCGCAUAUAGCUGUGCAGAAACUAAUCAUGGAUCUUCUAAAGAUCUAUUUAUGUUUAUAUUUUCUAUGAGAGUUUUAAAGGUAACUUGGUUAAUUCAUAUAAUAGCAGUUGUCAUUAUGUUUUUAUUGUUAUUGUUACAAGCUUGCAGAUAAAUAGAACUUCAAGUA